AUAAAAAGGGGUUCACUAUCCUUCAUUUUAGGCAUUUCAGAAGGUAACCUGAUACAUUAAACGACUACACCGGUGACCAGACCAUAAACAUGAAGCUGCUUUUUGUACUUCUUUCCGUCGUCCUAACAGCCUUAGCGACUCCAGAAUAUGGCGAUAUGUCUGGUGGCUAUGGAGGGGGAUAUCCAGAAAUGCGAUACGGUAGAAUGAGAGGAGGUUACAUGUAUGGCGGAUCUGGAGAUGGAUACCCAGGGAUGCAAUACGGUGGCAUGAGAGGAGGUUACAUGUACGGUGGAUCCGGAGGUGGCUACCCAGGGACGCGAUAUGGUGGAAUGAGAGGAGGUUAUAUGUACGGUGGAUCUGGAGGUGGAUACCCAGGGAUGGCAUAUGGUGGUGGAAUGAGAGGAGGUUAUAUGUAUGGCGGAUCUGGAGGUGGAUACCCAGGGAUGCAAUACGGAGGCAUGAGAGGAGGUUAUAUGUACGGUGGAUCUGGAGGUGGAUACCCAGGAAUGCGAUACGGUGGAAUGAGAGGAGGUUAUAUGUACGGUGGAUCUGGAGGUGGAUACCCAGGAAUGCGCUACGGUGGAAUGAGAGGAGGUUAUAUGUACGGUGGAUCUGGAGGUGGAUAUCCAGGGAUGCAGUACGGUGGUGGAAUGAGAGGAGGUUAUAUGUACGGCGGAUCUGGAGGUGGAUACCCAGGAAUGCGAUACGGUGGAAUGAGAGGAGGUUAUAUGUACGGUGGAUCUGGAGGUGGAUAUCCAGGGAUGCAGUACGGUGGUGGAAUGAGAGGAGGUUAUAUGUACGGCGGAUCUGGAGGUGGAUACCCAGGAAUGCGCUACGGUGGAAUGAGAGGUGGUUAUAUGUAUGGUGGCCGCAUGGGAGGAUACAGGAAGAAGCAGCGGCCAACGCCUUAUUAAUGAAUGAGAACCUCAGAACCAGUUCGUCCCAAAGGGAUGUGGUACAUCGUUACCGCCCGGCAAUGUUUUCUUCAAUGUACAUAGUGGAUGUAGCAAUAGUCAAUGCAUAAAAUAUCCAGCAACCUA